UCCCAAUCUAUUCUAAUCUUACAAAUUUGAAAUUUUCUCACAAUCAAAAACCAGAAGAAACCCGAAAAUGGCCGCCGGAUCUCCUCGCGAAGAUAAUGUCUACAUGGCCAAGCUCGCCGAGCAAGCCGAGCGCUACGAGGAAAUGGUCCAAUUCAUGGAGAAAGUCGUCUUUUCGACGCCGGAAUCUGAGGAGCUCAGCGUCGAGGAGCGCAAUCUCCUCUCCGUCGCCUACAAGAACGUGAUCGGCGCCCGUCGUGCUUCCUGGAGGAUCAUUUCCUCCAUUGAGCAGAAGGAAGAGAGCCGAGGGAACGCUGACCAUGUCGCUGCAAUCAAGGAGUAUAGGGCCAAGAUUGAGAGUGAGCUUUCGGAGAUCUGUGGUGGUAUCUUGAAGCUUUUGGAUGAGAAACUUGUGCCGGCUGCUGCCUCCGGCGAUUCCAAGGUGUUUUAUCUGAAGAUGAAGGGGGAUUACCAUAGGUAUCUCGCCGAGUUCAAGACUGGAAAUGAGAGGAAAGAAGCUGCUGAGAAUACGCUCAAUGCGUAUAAAGCUUCCCAGGAUAUUGCAAAUGCUGAACUAGCUCCAACUCAUCCAAUCCGGCUAGGACUGGCGCUGAACUUCUCUGUGUUUUAUUAUGAGAUCUUGAAUUCUCCUGAUCGUGCUUGCAAUCUUGCCAAACAGGCUUUUGAUGAAGCCAUCUCAGAGCUUGAUACACUGGGAGAGGAUUCAUACAAGGAUAGCACUUUGAUCAUGCAACUUCUUAGGGAUAAUCUCACUUUAUGGACUUCUGAUAUGCAGGAUGAUGGGACAGACGAGAUCAAAGACGCAUCCAAGCACGAAGAAGAGCAAAAGUAAUGAAGUAACUUAACUUACUAAUAUAUUUUACUUCUCCCGUAUUUGUUUUUGUUCGGAGAAGUAGCUUGGUCCACUAUUCCUAUUAUGAGUAUUCAGUAGUUGGUCCUUGUUUUAUUAAGCUUGGAAGUAUUUUACUUCUUAGUUUUUAUUUUAUUGUAUUUUAAUUUUUUAAAAUUCUGAUCAGUUCUUAAAUGCUUUAUUUUCAGUUGUUUUUGUGACAAUAAAGGAACUAAUGACCAAGACCUUUUCUUUUUUCUUCA